UCUUUUGCUUUAGCGUUUAGUGUGGGCUUAAAGCCCAUGUUAGAUUUUUCUUUUCUGAUUCUAGUUGCGACUUGGGAGAAUUUGAUUUUCAGUAUCAAAAAUUUACUAAUAAAUUUCAGGGUUUUACAGAAUGGAGGAGAAGAAGAAGAAAAUUUGGGGAAAACAAAGUUUAGUAAAUCUAUUGAAAGAACAUUUUGGGUUUUCUGAAUUCAGAGGAAAACAAUUUAAAGCCAUUCAAGCUGUUUUAUCAGGAAAAGAUUGUUUUUGUUUGAUGCCAACAGGAGGGGGAAAGUCCAUGUGUUAUCAGAUACCUGCACUUGCAAAAUCAGGAAUUGGUCUUGUUGUUUCUCCUCUGAUAGCUUUGAUGGAAAAUCAAGUUAUGGCACUGAAGGGAAAAGGAAUUGCUGCAGAAUAUCUUUCGUCGACUCAAACUUUUGCAGUCAGGGAAAAGAUUCAUAAAGACUUAAACUCUGGAAAGCCGUCGUUAAGGUUGCUAUAUGUUACACCAGAACUGAUAAGGACACGAGGGUCAAAGCUGACAAACCUUUAUUCUAGAGGUUUAUUGAAUUUGAUUGCUAUAGAUGAGGCACAUUGCAUUUCGUCCUGGGGACACGAUUUCAGGCCUAGCUAUCGCAAUCUUUCGUCUUUAAGGAACCAUCUUCCUGGGGUUCCAAUAUUGGCCUUGACAGCUACAGCUGUUCCUAAGGUUCAGAAGGAUAUCGUAGAAUCAUUAUGCUUGCAAGACCCACUAGUCCUCAAAUCGUCAUACAACCGUCCUAAUAUAUUUUAUGAAGUUCGUUAUAAAGAUCUUCUGGAUGAUGUCUAUGCUGAUUUGUCUAAGCAACUCAAGUCUAAUGGAGAUGUAUGCGGAAUCAUUUAUUGCCUUGAACGUACAACAUGUGAAGAUUUGUCAGCUCAUCUGUUAGAGAAUGGCAUCACUUCCGCCGCUUACCAUGCUGGAUUAAACAGUGAACAGAGAAGCACAGUUUUAGAAAAUUGGCUUACUUCCAAAGUACAAGUGGUUGUGGCUACUGUGGCUUUUGGAAUGGGUAUUGAUAAAAAGGAUGUUCGGAUAGUUUGUCAUUUCAAUAUCCCUAAAUCGAUGGAAUCUUUCUAUCAAGAAUCUGGAAGAGCUGGACGUGAUCAGAUGCCUUCAAGAAGUUUGUUAUACUAUGGAACGGAUGAUCGCAGAAAAAUGGGUAUAACACUAUCUGCAUUAUUAGAAUUUAUUCUCCGUGAACUAGAGAACGAGCAUGCAAACUCUUCAAGCUCCGUCAGUGACUCAUCUAAAAAAGCCUUGGCAGACUUCAAUCAGAUGGUUGAAUAUUGCAAAGAAUCUGGGUGCCGCAGGAGAAAAAUUCUCAAGAGCUUUGAGGAAAAGGUAUCUGCACUAUGUAGCGGAACAUGUGAUGCCUGCAAGAAUCCAUUUUUAGUUGCUAAGAACCUGGAGGAACUUGCUCGUUCUGCUCGUCGAAUGACUACCUUCACUUGUAACGUAAGCAGACACUUUUAUAACUAGAUCAUUAGACGGUACAAUCAACCUAAUUAUGCAAUAACUUGUGUAGAUAUUUUGUAGAUACUUGACAAUUCAAACCAAUUUUAAGG